UUAAGUGGAAAUGACGUCUUAUGUUUGCGAUCGGCUCCGGUCGACGGAGGAAACCUCUCUUAACUCAUUAGCUUCAAGCAUCGUUAUCUCUGCAUUUGUCCCCGCUGUUGCUGCGAUGGUGUGACCACGCUUGCGUCACUUACUAAUCCUGCAAAGAAAAAAAAAAAGGCCGAAUUGCGAACUUUAAAGGGAAGCGGAGAGCGCGGCGAGAGGAGCAGGAACCAUGUCCAGCCGCCUCGCCUUCCAGACCCAGCUGGCCUCCAUCAUGGAGGUCCUGGCUAACGCGGCGGUGGCUGAGAUCUGUAAACUGGUGGACGAUGACUACGCCGUGGUGAGUCUGCAGAUGUCUCAGUGCCAGAGGGAGAACAAGGCUCUGAAGAGGAAGCUGCACCUCCUGGAGCUGAAGAUGGCUCGAGGAAAUGCAGAGAGGAGGCUCCGAGAGAGCGCCAUGAACAGCUGCCGACCCAGGGGACACCUUCACCCGGGAGACAAACCCCGAGAGUCCUCGCCAUGCAUCGGUGGGGUAUUUUCGCAACACGUGAAUGUGACUCUGUGGUCUGGCAGAGCGACUGCUAGGGAUGCAACCAGUGAGCCAGUCCUCUCUGAGCACAUCCAGAGUAAGUCUCCUGACGUGCAGCUGGUGGAGUCGGAGCCCCUGCUCGUGAAGGAGGAGAAGGUGGAGGCCGACAUGUCACAGGAACUGGAGGAAGACGUAACGCUCAUGGGAGACGGUGGAGUGCUGGAACACGUCCCUCACGGAGCUGUGACUCAGAGGCCCAGUCAUGAGCUGCAGGACACCCAGUCCACGUCAAGCCAAUCCCAGAACCAGAUCCAGACGGGCAGGGCGAGGUUCACCGGCAACAGCAGCAACAACAGUAGAGGAGUGGAGAAGGAUGAGGAGCCCGAUGUGGUGCUGGUGAAGGUGGAGGAGGUGAACUUGGCGGCAGAAACUCCAAACCAGACAGACCUCAACGUACAAGAGGGUUUGGUGGAGUCCAGCACAGACGACUACAGAGGAGUGCUGCCGUUUGAUGAAACCACGCACACGUCGUCCAGUCAGAUGUCUGACCUGCAGGACUCUAGGCGAGGCUUCUCAGAGACGGCAGCCUCCCACCAGACCUCUGUGGUAUCAGAAGACACCAAAAGUGUAGUAGUAGUCCAGCCUAUACCUGACACCAAGGCUGCAUCCAGCCCCACCACACAACAACAGCGGCAACACAAAGCAAGUAACAAGCGCCCUCUGAGCUCUGAAUACUCCCUGUUUGACCUUGAAACCUUAUUCACCCAGUGGGCCCCUAGUAACGAGUCGGCAUCAGUCCCGACUGGUCCGUGUUCUUUCACCACUCACGACUUAAAGGACUCUGACCAGGACGGAGUUAUCAUUGUAGAGACCCCACCACAGCCUCAGCACGGGAUUCAGCUGCCACGCACUUUCUCCUCUGCAAUCGGCCGCUUCGGGCCACAAGACGUGCCUACAGGGGUUUCCAUGUCCACGCCUUUGAGGCUGCAGGCUGCAUCUUCUCAGCACCCAUGGGCCAGCACACCAGCCUUGAUGAAGAGUGCGCGGGCUCAGCUGCUGCAGCCUCACUGUGAUGUCAGCAAGAUCUCGCCGCAGCAGCCACAAGGCAUUUCCUCUGCACAGGGCCCACCGAAGAGAACGUCUGCCCGCAACACCAAGGCUGGUAACAUCAGAAGGAUGUCUAGUAGGACUGUGGCUCCGCAGGCCUCUUUACCCGUCAGGGGAUCCACAGCAGAGUUGCCUGGCACUGAGGUAGCCGUUGGUGCGCUGCAUAAAGCCGGCGUUCCGGGUCGCAACAUGAAAAGAAAGGCUACCAGCAGUCUGACUGGUAUGCGCAGGAAGAGCCACGUGUGCCAGUCCUGCGGCAAGGCUUUCCCUGGGCUGUCCAACCUGGAGGCCCAUGAGAGGGUCCACACCGGGGAGAAACCCUUCUGUUGCAGUACGUGUGGGAAAAGCUUCUCGGAGGCUGGGAAUCUGAAGAAGCAUCAGAGGGUUCACACCGGGGAGAAGCCCUUCAGCUGUGACCAGUGCGGGAAAACGUUCGCCUGGAUUUGCAACCUGAGGACACACAAGCAGUCUGCCACAUGUUGUGGAGCGCACGCCAGAGGUGGAUUAAAAAUGCACUAAUGAGUUACCUAAUACCUAACGACCUACCUAAGUACUGUAGAAUGGGAGGGCUUUAAGUUAUCAACCUCCCCUCCUGCGGAGUCCGCUCCUAAUUUGGGUUCGGGAGGCAGGCGCCCUCUCCGCUUGUAAGGCCAGGCUUAAAACUGCUGAUGCUCCCUUCCUCUUUCUCUCUCUAUGCAUUCACGUGCCAUGUGGCAUUGUAUGACACGCCAUUAACCCUGUCUGGAGAUGCACGUUUCCGAUCUGUAGAACCACACGUUUGUCGUACGUGGUCCUGGCCCCACAAACCUGCCCAGUGUUCAUGGCUUACAGCUGUUUAUUCCUACCAGCGGCGUCAUUUACUUAGAAUGUUUGAUUGCGGUUAACCACAUUAUUUUUCACAGUUGGCGAGCCUUUGUUUCUUUGCGUCGGCCGUGUGCCAGCGGAUGAUUUGUGGGACCUGUGUUCCAGGAGCGCUUCAGUUCAGGUCGACGGGGAAUGCAGGUGUUUUUGUUCUUGUUAAAAGAGAACAUCUGGUAGGGCUUUGAAGCUGAACUUUCUGUUCAAGUGACUCCUUUCAUUAUCCUUUUCUGCCGGUUCUCUUUCUUCUUUUUGUACUACAGAGUUUUGCAGUGUAAAAUUAUUUCUCAUCAUCACGCUUAUGACUCUGCUUGCUUUCCACUGCAUGUGCUUUGAUCGGAACGAUCACAGAUGAAAUAUUUCAUUUUUUAGCGCCUUUAACACAUUCAAAGCCCCUACGUAAAUGUUGUGAAUAAUUCUCUAUUUUUUAAUUUUUUUUUAAUCCCUUAUCAACUGCCCAGGCUUCAUGCAUGAACUACUUAUGUGUACUCUUGUUUGCAUCGUGUUUAUAUGGUCCACAUUGCAUGCUUUAUCCAGAUGUAUACAUGAUUUCUGCUGCCUCCUCUCUUCCCUAUUGUUCUGUGUCUCCGUCUGGUUGGCGUCGAGGAGAUGUGUCCCUCCAUCUAAGCUGAUUUAUUACUGUUAAAAGGAGGUCACCUAAGUGCUUAAUCCGGUGGUUUCAGACGCUGGGUUCUGUAAAGCGUCUUGAGACAGUCGCCAAUUAAGCGUUGCCCAAGCUCUUGUUGACGUUCUGUUAUGUCAUUCUGGUCAAACAACUAUUUGGACACGUCAGCCAGUCGUGCAGACUGACUUUGACACAUUGCAUACACAUACUGUAUACACAUAGGUCAUACAAUAAGUGUAAUAAGUGCAGUUUGUAGCUUCAUAUCUCUGUCAGCCAGCUGCUUUUUCACUGGUGUUGUGAAUGCACUAGUGUCGUUUGUGUUUAAUGUUACCUUAUCAUUUAAAAGACAAAACCAGUGGUUUUAACGCUUUAGCUCAUUAGCUUGAAAACAUGUAUUUCACAUUACUACUGACUGCAUCAGGUGUUACACUGUCACAAAUGAUUUUUUUAUUUUUAUUUUAACAGUUCAAAAUGGUCAAUAAGAUUGUUGUUACAAUCUAGCUUUGAGAAACUUCUGGUCGUUACGUUUUCUAUACUUGACUUGUACUGCAUAGGCUAAAAUGUUGUUUGGUCUUCCUCUAAUUUGUUUGCAGGUAGACAAAAGUACUGAUGGAAAAUCAAAAAUGCUAUUCAUAUUAAAGAAAGGCAACUCAGAGAUGUGUGGCGUCAUUGCGACUCUUCCACCAAAUACUACCUGGUGUACUGUCACCGUCGGCCAACUACCUCAGUGGAAACCACACAACAAAGAUAGAACCGUAUCACAGUAAUUUAAAGUGUUCCUGAAGGGGAAUUGUACGGGAAUGAUACAUUAUUACGUGUAUGUUUAAUGCUGUAACAAUGACAAUUAUAAUUAAAAUUAAAAGUGACUUCAAAUCA